GAUCUUGGCAUUCGUCCACUGUCCUGCACCAAAAUUGCCACUGGCUUCGAGAUCCCGGCUCUACGUAGGGAUACGUCGGGAGUCAGUAGGAAUAAAAUCAGCGCGUGUGAAGUGUCGGAGAAUGUUAGAUACGAUCAUCAAUCUUUUGGGUAUUGGGUGUAAACUAAGUGACGAUUUUACACAAUCGGUUACUACCAAUUCGCCGUAUUAUCCAGGAAAUAACAAUGGGUCCUCAAAAGAGGUUCAAUUGCAGUGGCGCGGCAACAGGGCAAUCAGUAAUGGGGGCUCCCAAUGCAACGGAACAUCUCUUGGAAGCCUGGGGCUGGGCGGCAGCUUCGACAGCGGGCUCAGCGGAGCCGGCGACGCCGAAGGGGGCGGCCAAGGGGGGCCCGAAGGGGGCUCAGCAGGGGACAAGCUGGAGGGGCCGGGCUCAAUUGAGGAUGACGCUAUUCACCUCAAGAGACGGGUGGGACUCAUCAGUGGGGUGGCUUUAAUUGUCGGAACCAUGAUUGGAUCCGGAAUUUUCGUUUCCCCGUCUGGACUUCUAGAAAGGACAGGAUCAAUCGGGAUGAGUUUUGUGAUAUGGAUGGCAUGUGGAUUGUUAUCCUUGUUGGGUGCAUUAGCUUAUGCCGAACUGGGCACGAUGAACACCUCCUCAGGGGCGGAAUACGCUUAUUUUAUGGACGCAUUUGGAGCUCCUCCGGCGUUUCUGUUCUCUUGGGCCAGCACGUUGGUGCUGAAGCCUUCGCAGAUGGCUAUAAUAUGUUUGAGUUUUGGAAAAUACGCCGUAGAAGCGUUUGUUACCGAGUGCGAACCACCGGAAAUUGUUGUCAAGAUGGUAGCCUUGCUGGCAAUGGUUGUCAUUUUGUAUAUAAACUGCUACAGUGUAAACCUGGCUACGAGCGUUCAAAACGUCUUUACUGCAGCCAAACUAGUGGCAGUUCUAAUUGUAGUUUUGGGCGGCGCCUACAAAAUGAUUGAAGGCAAUACCCAGCAUUUGAUGGAACCAUUUAAAAAUACGAAGUAUUCUAUAGGAAAUAUAGCAACAGCAUUUUAUACAGGCCUAUGGGCGUACGACGGAUGGAACAACCUCAAUUACGUCACAGAAGAAAUAAAAAGUCCCUCCAGGAACCUGCCGCGUAGUAUAAUGAUUGGCAUACCAUUGGUGACCGUCUGCUACGCCCUAAUAAACAUUUCUUACCUAACAGUGAUGUCACCCAUGGAGAUGAUGACCAGUGAGGCAGUCGCCGUUACAUUUGGCAACCGAGUACUAGGUGUCAUGGCAUGGUUGAUGCCUCUGUCAGUAACAGUGUCGACUUUUGGCUCGGCUAACGGAACGUUAUUCGCUGCAGGCCGGCUUUGUUUCGCCGCCAGUCGAGAGGGGCACUUGCUGGACAUUUUGUCAUACGUGCACAUCAGAAGGUACACGCCAUCGCCUGGAUUGAUAUUUCAUUCUUUGAUAGCAGGUGCUAUGGUAAUGUACGGCACAAUAGAUUCCCUGAUAGACUUCUUUAGCUUCACAGCGUGGAUAUUUUAUGGCGGAUCUAUGGUAGCUUUGAUUGUGAUGAGAUAUACCAAACCUAAUUAUCCUAGGCCCUACAAGGUGCCGAUUAUCAUUCCUUACCUGGUUUUAGUGAUCUCUGUGUACCUGAUAAUAGGCCCUAUAAUAGACAAGCCUACAAUCGAGUACCUGUACGCCACUUUUUUCAUUUUGGGAGGGAUGCUUUUCUACAUUCCUUUCGUGCAUUACAAAUUGCGCAUUCCAUUUAUGGACGGCGUAACAGUUUUUUUGCAAAUGUUACUAGAAGUGGCCCCAACAUCGACAAUGUUGGAAUGAAGACGCUAAAAGCGCCAGAAUAUUAGCUAAUAAUGCUCAAAUAGUUAGGUUUAGUACUCGCUAAUGUCAUGGUUACAUAACUUAUAUACCUACUCCUCUUACGCCCGGUUUCAUAAUCAACUUAAAGUGAACAUUAACUAAAGUCCACUUUAACGUUGACAUUUACCCAUAUGAAUUGCAUUGACAAGGGUACCAACCUAAAACUUAAUGUCCACUUUAACUGAUUAUGAAACCGGGCGUUAGACGUCAGAACCCAAAAGAAAUUUACAGUCAAUUAUCUUUGUAUUAAAAAUCUGAUAGUACGCUACUGUUGUAUGACGUCACGCAGUAAUUUUUGUGGUUAUGUUCGAUUUGUAUUAAAAUCUUUUUAGCGGUGCAGUUCAGCACUUCGUAAAAGUUUCAAAACUCGUUAUUUGGUAUUCAAAACUUUCUCGAACAAAAUAUACAGAUAGAAAGUAUUAAAAAGGGUAAAAAGAGAAAAUAUAUGUAUAUACAUACGUAUAUUUAAAA